AUGGAGCGGCGCUCGCGGCCGACCGGAGUCCAAAGCUUGCCGGCGAGCCCGACUAGAACAGACGCACGGCGAUGGUCGCGAUUGACCGGAUUCCAGAGCCCCUCACGGCGGCGGCGGAGGGCCACUCACAGCAUCGUCUCACCCGCGGUCGACCGGAUGGAACACCUCGUUGAGGGUAGUGUUGUGCAAGGGACAGUCGGUCCAAUCCAAAAGCCAAAAGCUCGAGGUGUCGAUCCAAAAGUCAAAAACUGGAGGUGUCGAGGCGUCAAUCCAUUUUGGGUCGACUUUUCUUUGAAGGGUUGGCAGGUAUACAUAAAAGGAAUGCAAAUGUUAAGCAAUAGAAAUCAGAUUAUCAAGAGAGCCGAGAGUGUUUUUGUGUGCGGGUUUGGUGUCAAGAAAAAUUAUUCCGAGAUUCACUUUGUUUAUCCGAGUGGACUUAUAACAACCUGA